AUGUUGAACGGUUGAAGAGAUCGGUAGUGAUCAGGUAUCGCUCGCGUUUCUCCUCGAGUUUCUUCCGGGACAACUUUGUUCCCAAACUUUCCUGCUACUCAAGUUCAGAAUUUUUCAACACCAUGUUGAAGGGCGGUCCUUCAGGUGUGAUUAAGGAAAUUGGAGAUCUGAUAGAUCGUCGAUGCUCGUAUUUCGAACGAGGAUCUUUCAUUGUUUCAUUUUAUUUUUAUUCUCGUCGAGGGAUUAUCAAUAAUAUUAAUAAAUUGAAUUAUGUUAAAUUAAAAAGAAAAAUUGUGGUGAAUAUAUUGUGCUUUUCUCUUUUGUAAAUUAAUUUUAAUAUUUUUUUAAUGAAUUCGUGCAUAAGUGAAUCGUGACUUUUGUUUUUUUAAAUUUUUCUUCAUUUCUUCAGUUAAAAAAUACGAAACGUCAACGGAGGAAAGCCUGCGCUAUAUCAGGCAAUCCUUGAAGUCAGAAGAAAUGGAUCACCUUGAAGGAACCCAUUUCGAUGGAUCAUUUCCCCACGUGUUUGUAACUCUCGGAGCUUCUGGUGACUUGGCUAAGAAAAAAAUCUAUCCAACGUUAUGGUGGCUGUUCAGGGACAAUCUUUUACCAAAAACCACCACCUUCUUCGGUUACGCGAGGACCAACAUGACCGUAAAACAAUUACGUGAAAAAUGCCAUCAGUAUAUGAAAGUAAAGUCAGGUGAAGAAGAGAGGUACGAAGAGUUUUGGAAGUUAAAUCAUUACGUGUCCGGUAUGUACGACACGCAGAGAGGAUUUGAAGUAUUGAACGAGGAGCUGAAGAAACAUGAGAAAGGGUAUCAAGUCGCUCACAGGCUGUUUUAUCUCGCUUUACCACCGAGUGUAUUCGAAAGCGUCACUGUACAUAUUAGAAACGUUUGUAUGGGAGAAAAGGGAUGGACCAGGGUGAUCAUAGAAAAACCAUUCGGUCGGGAUGCGAUUACAUCGCAACAAUUAUCCGAUCAUUUAGCCUCCUUGUUCAGAGAAGAACAGAUUUACCGUAUCGAUCAUUACCUGGGAAAGGAGAUGGUACAAAAUUUAAUGACACUCAGAUUUGGGAAUAGAAUAUUCAAUCCAACCUGGAACAGGGAAAACGUAGCAUCCGUGCAGAUCACUUUCAAAGAACCUUUUGGUACCCAAGGGAGGGGUGGAUACUUCGACGAAUUCGGUAUCAUCAGAGACGUAAUGCAGAAUCAUUUGUUACAAAUCCUGUCGUUAGUUGCAAUGGAGAAACCAGCCUCUUGUCACCCGGAUGAUAUCCGCGACGAGAAGGUGAAGGUUUUGAAAUGCAUGAAACUCUUGGAAUCAGAGGAUGUUGUAUUAGGUCAAUACGUUGGUGAUCCUGAAUCCGACGACCCUGAAGCACGUUUAGGAUAUUUGGAUGACCCUACUGUACCACCUGGUUCCAAUACUCCCACUUAUGCCAUGGCUGUGUUGAAAAUUAAUAAUGAACGGUGGGACGGUGUUCCUUUUAUUCUUAGAUGCGGAAAAGCGUUGAACGAACGAAAGGCAGAAGUUAGAAUACAAUAUCAGGAUGUGCCCGGCGAUAUAUUCGAUGGGAAAGCGAAGAGAAAUGAAUUAGUAAUUAGAGUACAACCCGGUGAAGCAUUAUACAUUAAAAUGAUGACGAAAUCGCCUGGUAUUACGUUCGAUAUGGAGGAAACGGAGCUGGAUCUAACGUAUGGUUAUAGAUACAAAGACUUGAAACUUCCCGACGCGUACGAACGUUUAAUCCUGGAUGUAUUUUGCGGUUCGCAAAUGCAUUUCGUGCGAAGCGACGAGCUCUCAGAAGCGUGGAGAAUCUUCACGCCGUUACUGCAUCAAAUUGAAAAUGAAAAUAUUAAACCGAUUCCUUAUAAGUAUGGUUCGCGAGGACCAAAAGAGGCAGACGAAAUGGCGAAAUCAAAUAACUUUAAGUAUUAUGGUUCUUACAAAUGGAUAAAACCAUAAUCAAUAAAAGUUGGUAAUAAUUGAAUGACAUUCAUAGAGUCAAUGUUACAGUUCUUCAUCUGUAAUCAUAUCAUUCCAUUUUUGAUAUCAAUAUAUACAAAGUAUCUUCUGAAAUUUUAUAUCCAUAUACAAAGUAAUUUAUACGACUAAUUUAUUGAACAAUUGAAUUUCUUCCGUUUUGUUGAAACAGAGUUUUAAAGUACAAAAACACGUUUUACUGGUUAAAAUGUGUAGUAAUAGAUAUAAAAGGACAUUAACUGUGGAAUUCAGUGUGCAUAUAUUGAUAUGCAUUUUAUAAGUGAUUUUGGAUAGAAUGUCAUUGUUCCACUUGUUAACUUACAUCAUCUCAGGUAAUAUAACUUAUACUAGGUAAUAUAGAAUAUUAUAUAUGUAUAUAUAUAUAUAUAUAUGUAUAUUUAUACAGUGUACAGAUAAAUUUGUAGAUAAGCGUUUAAAUAUUUUGCAAACAGUUGAAAAAUUACAACUUACAUGUGGAUCAUCAUUUUUUUAUUUACUUUUGACGAUUUAAACAUGAUGCCAAUCACAUGAAAUACUUUGUACAAUAGAAGAAAUAACAUAAAUUAUGCGAUAUCUUGCGCUGGAACUAUUUAAAUAUACAUUAAAAUACAUUACAAUAAAUAAAGAGAAAGUUGAAUUAUUCAGUUUAUAAUUCGCACAAUCUA